GUCCACACAGUCAAAGGCUUGUGAGAAUCUGGUGGAUGCUGGACCUUGCUGCUGCUGCUACUGCUGUUUCCAGGGGCUGCAGAGCAUGGACUGUUAAAUCUUGCACUUCUUCUAAGUGAGCUGAAUUCUUGCUGCCAGGAUGGGGAAACAGAACAGCAAGCUGCGCCCAGAGGUCAUGCAGGACUUGCUGGAAAGCACAGACUUUACAGAGCAUGAGAUCCAGGAAUGGUAUAAAGGCUUCUUGAGAGACUGCCCCAGUGGACAUUUGUCAAUGGAAGAGUUUAAGAAAAUAUAUGGGAACUUUUUCCCUUAUGGAGAUGCUUCCAAAUUUGCAGAGCAUGUCUUCCGCACCUUCGAUGCAAAUGGAGAUGGGACAAUAGACUUUAGAGAAUUCAUCAUCGCCCUGAGUGUAACUUCGAGGGGGAAGCUGGAGCAGAAGCUGAAAUGGGCCUUCAGCAUGUACGACCUGGAUGGAAAUGGCUAUAUCAGCAAGGCAGAGAUGCUAGAGAUCGUGCAGGCAAUCUAUAAGAUGGUUUCCUCCGUAAUGAAAAUGCCUGAAGAUGAGUCAACCCCAGAGAAAAGAACAGAAAAGAUCUUCCGCCAGAUGGACACCAAUAGAGACGGUAGGAGGCGGGGGCUUCACUACUUUACUCAGAUGGGGGCUGCUGGAAGGACUGGGGAGUCCAGACUGGGAAGUGCCACUCGGGGCCCUUCAUGUGAGCGGCUCAUCCUCCAGGCCUCCCGGGUGGGUAGGAGGGGAGAGAACCAGGUGGCCAGAGGAGAGCUGAGCCCAGAAUUGGGGGAAAUGCCUUAUUUCUAGUUUUUUCUAUCCUCCUUGUAGGUCAACUUCUACCUCCAAGAGAACAGAAUGGAUCUUGUGGGGCAAGAAUGAAAGGAACCAAGAAACCAUUGUUAGCACAGACCCAUCCUCAGGACAGGCCUAGGCUACAGCAGGCUGGGUCCCUGCAGUCCAGUUCAUCAAAAUGGGGAGAGGGUUGUUAUUCUGUGAUUCUACCCAGAUGACGACAGCUUUCACUCCAGCCUGCCAAAGGGGUUUUGUUGGGGUCUCCUGUGCAUGCACUGAGAUGUGUUUCCCAGAGACAGUGGGCUCCUACAGUCAGUAGGGUGCCCAGGGUAGUGGUGAGGGAGUAAGGUGCCCAGCAGGUUCCCACCCUGAUGGUGCCACCCACAAUUCAAACCCAACAAAGUGAAAAAGAAGGUUGCAUUUCCAACUUAAGAACAGAAGGAUUUUAGAUCUUAAAUUGCCAGAUAGAAUACAGAAGGCGCAAUUAUCCUGGAAUUUCAGAUAAACAGCAAGCAAUUGUUAGGAUUAGUACGUCAAACUAAAAAAGUCACUUGCUGUUUAUCUGAAAUUCAAAGUUAUCGGGGCAUCCUGUAUUUAAUUUGCCAGAUCUGGCAACCCUAUUUAAAUGUUACACUUGAGUUUAAAGUGCUCAGCUCAGGGCCCUGCUCUGUAGCUCUUGCUGUUAUUUUCAGCUCACCCGAUCUGUUCAGAGGCCCCGGCAAUUCUUGUCAACCAUGUGCACAGGCACUUGGGUUCCCCACCUGGUGCUGAUCUAUAGAACAACAGAAGGCUUGGCAGUACAGAGAGCCUCUCUCUCCUUUUAUCCCCUGCCCAGGUACAGCUGCCUGAGAAUCUGGGUUUGUGUGGUACGGGCCAAUCUGCUUGCUUUGUUUCCUCCACAAAGGUGCCAUUCCAUUUGGAAACAUCCUAUGUCCCCUUAUUUGCUUUGAUUCACAGUGAAUAGUUGUGACUAAACAAGCACGGGAUUAUUUUAAUAGUUAAUUAACUUGCUGAUGUUAAACUGCAGGUUUUACUGGUACUCAAGGGAGCACAAUGGGUUUGUGCUGUGCUCUAGGUCCAGACAGCUCUUUAGGAUAGGGCUGAAGGAUGGGAGAAGAUCAGAUGUCACAGGAUAAGGCCCUAAAGCCCUAACUAUGUGUUGAUCACAGGCAAUGAAUUAGGGUCUUUCCACUGGGACUCUGCCGCUGUGGGAUCGCAGACCCCUGGUUGAGUUAGCAUUCUAAGAGCACAACUCACUGCUAAAGACCUGUGCCUUUCUAAGGGAAAACCUCAUGUUUAAAAUUAAAUUUUCAAAGGUUAGGGUUGGGGGAGGGGGGUGGGAGCUGUAGAAGGAAGGAGGAAGAGGGGCUGUAAGUUCACAGCUGUCAAAGGAAUCUUAGCCCAACCAGGAGACUGGGUACUUCAGCUCAGUGCUUGGCUGCUGGACCCCAGGAUUGAGGCCACCUGCACCCCUCCCUGCCGAGAGCAGAGCAGUCCUCACCUAGAGUCUCCUAUCCUUAGAUUUAGCUUGCCUGAUGCUCUUGGAAUCUAACUUCUGGCCUCUGAUUUGAAGAGAAAAAUCUGGGCCCACAGGCAAGUUCUCCUAGGAGCCAACUCUGAAUCAUGCAGACAGUUAACUGAAGAAAGCCAGACGUCAUGCCGAGCUCCAGGUCUGCCCCUGCUACCUCCAGCUGGUGCCUCCCAGAGCCGACAUCUGAGAGAUUGCAAAGCGUUCGGAGACCACGCCUGUCUCCCUUCCCUCAUGCUUUGCCAAGCUGGAGGAAGUCAUCACCAUUGUAACUACUAUGUGGGCAGGGCAGGGCUCAUAAAAAAUGGCCAGAACAGAAAGCUUGAAGGGGAUCAGCUCUACAAAUUAAAAAUAAAUUAAUAAAUACAUCCCUAUCUUUUUCCUUCAUGGAGAUAAAGCGGGUUUCAUUAAACAUGAACUAGGCUCUGGUGGGGAGGGAGUUGUGGCUGAGGAGAAGAUAUGUUUGUUGGUGUUUCUGUUGGGGGAGGCCCCCUUCUGUCGGGUUUGGAGUAAGUUGAAAAGUAAAAGAAGACAGAGGUCAAAAGAUAGAGAGACACUGGAGGCUGUGGCUUAGCGUGAGAGUCCAAGGGCAUGCUGAAAAACCCACAGGCGUGCAGAGCCGGCCAGGCCGGGUGCUGCCCUUGGAGGAGCAGAUGGAAAUAAAUCCUCUCUGGGGCAGCUCCUUUCAAGAGAAAAAGGGAGGGCAAAGCUGGGUGAAGGUGCCUGGCAAUGCCUCCCAAAUUUACCAAUCGAACGUGUCACUUCACUCCCAGGGGCGGGGUAGACAAAGAGGAAGGGUCCUUCUGGAAGCACCAGGAAUGGGGAAAGCCUUGCAGUCCCCCAACUCCUACCCCACCCCCUCCCCUCCUCUCCACAAGUGACAGAAGGGCCUUCCUGAAAGAGAAUUCUGUAUGUGCUUCAGUGUAAGCAGAAAGGAAAGGUCACUGGGGUCGGAGUGGAAGCCCAGGCUGCUGAGCCUCCCUCCUCCAGCACAUCAGGGUAGCAGGAGAGCACCCUAACUGAGAGGCAGAAAACCAUGGGUUACCCUCUGCCGUGAACAUACCCUGCUCUUCCCCUGACCUCAGAUGGAGGCGCAGCUGUCUUCCCGUGGUGUAUGAACACUUAUGUCCAUGGCUUCUUCCCCAAGAUAGGAUGGGCUCUUGCAGCAAACCUAAGAACACAGAGUGGCCUGAAGAACACGAAGUGGCUCAGAAGGCUCCAGGGAACAUUAUGGGAACCAACGGGGUGCUGCCAGGGCCCAGCUCGUUCUCAUAAAGGCAGGAAGGCCACUUAUUUUACAAAUGCUGAGUGAGCCUCUCCAGGGCGUCUGGAGCCAGGAGGUCAGGGAUCAAGUCAGCAUCAUCCGCCACCCUCUCCCCAGCCCCGGGCCCAGGGCCGGGCACACAGUGGGCUCUUAGGCAGCGGUGUUUGACUGCCACAUGUACUGUCCUAAGUGCUGGCAAUGCCAUGGUGAACGAGGCAGCAGUGUUCCUGGAGAUUCUGCUGGGCUCUUCCCCGGGACAGGUGAGUGCUGUGUGUCACAGUGGCAGUGAGGCUGCAGGCAGAAGGUGAAUCGACACUGCCCAGCACGCAGUAGUGGGAAGGGUGUAAGCUCAUGCAGCAGCCACCAGCCACCACUCACCCAUCCUCUUGCUUCCUAGGAAAACUCUCCCUGGAAGAGUUCAUCCGAGGAGCCAAAAGCGACCCGUCCAUUGUGCGCCUCCUGCAGUGCGACCCGAGCAGUGCUGGCCAGUUCUGAGCCCUGCGCCCACCAAUCGAAUUGUAGAGCUGCUUGUGUUCCCUUUUGAUUCUUCUUUUUAACAUUUUUUUUUUUUUGCCAAACAAUAUCAAUGGUGAUGCCGUCCCCUGUGCGGUCUGAUGCGCCUUCCUCCGUGACGCCUUCAGCUUCUUUUGUCGUGGAUGCUUCGUGGGAAUGCCCAGAGCCCCGGUGUGCUUGUGGAGAGCAUGGACAGACUUCGUGGUGUUCAUUGUUUGACGAUUUUUAAUCGUUACUAUUAUUUUUUCUUUUGAUUCUAAUGUCUCUGUUCUAAAACCUAAGACUCGGGGGUGGGGGCAAAAGAAGGGAAACCCAUCCAGUCCUGUGAUUCUAUUGCAAGCUUCAAGGGGCUUUUGUUUGAAAGACAAAACUCCCCACCUGGGUCUGUUGUCACACAUGCCAUAGGGGUGAUGGAUGGCACCGGAUGCUGGAUUCCCCAAGAACAAGUUACCCUCUGGGGUGAGGCUAUUCCAGGGAGCUGGGACAUUUCCCCAUGGGGGCCCACUCCCCCCUCUUCCCCUGCAGGCUGUAGUUUCUAAGCUGUGAACAUUUCAAGGUAAAUUAAUAGAGGAGAGGAAAAAGAUGGCUCAGCUAUUUUUUCACAGGUUUACACUAGUUGAGCUAAUAUGCGUGUCUUUGGAAAUUAAACACAAAUGGUAACAUAUUCCAAAACCAGACCCAUCUUGUUGCCUAUUGUGAUAAAAUAAAACGACGGCUGUAUAUAACAUAUUGGGUAAUGCAGACCAAAUUAAGUGUUUUGCCUUGUUUAAAUGCAAUGCAUGUUUAGUGAGCACUAAUACAAUCUUAUUCCAGAAGACUGUUUUUAGUAGCUUAUUGUGAAGUAAGACAACUAUAAUGAAUGUCUGUCUUGUUUUGAAGUCAUAUCUGUCUUUGCACAAAUGUACCAAUCAACAAGUAUAUUUUAUAUAUUCCAUAAAAAUACAAAGUAACCCUGACUAGGGCCCAACUUUAAUUUUGAAUGCGUUUCCAGAGUGGCCAUGCCUAGAGGGCAGAUGCAGAGCAGGUGGUAGUGGGACAGGACAAUUGGAGCACAGGAAUGUUAACAUGUACGACAGGGGACCAGUAGGGUGAUUUGCCUCUCAGGCCCAGCAGCCCAUUGACAGCAUUAGACUGGCGGCAUGGUGCUUUUCUGAGCAGAUCAAUACUCUGCAGACUCGAAAAAAAAAUCGCAUACAUUCUUGGAACUUCCCAGUGGUUUAAUCUAUGUGCAUGGUUAGGGAGCCAGGUCUGGAAUAUUCAGUUUCCCUGCCCCCGUUAAAGAAUCAAAGAGGUUGGGCAGUCAUCAAAUUCAUCAUAAAGACAUGGGCAAGUGUAUCUGUGGUUUCCAAGGCCCCCCGAUGGAGAAUCCAAAAGUAUUUUCCAUUGCUGUGCUCUUUGAAUGCAGACUUCUAUUUCCAGAAGUGCCAGCACAAGUCUGAGUUGCUGUUUGGUCUGGUGACCUCAGACACACUGAUUUGAAUUGAAAGCUAAGAGUAAAAAUUUGCUGGUUACAGGCAAGUCAUACUCUGCAAGUAGUUGGCAAAGGGAGGCCCAAAUACUCAAGGUUGUUGAUGGGGAAUUUGCCCCUAAGAGAAGGCAGAGAGGUCCCUAGUGGGUAUAUUUGCCGCCAAGCCACUUGCCAAAGAACAGGAACCACAGAAAGAGAGACAUCAUAACCAGGAGAAAAAUGUGGCUAGACAUGCUAACCUCCAGGUUUUUAUAUGUGAUUUGAGUCUGCUGUAAUUGGUAGCAGAAAUCCAAAUUUGUAUGGUAGACCAAAAAGAACCAAAUCUGUAAGGUGAAAUUUUGAGACCUGGACUAUGUAAAAAUAAUCCUAGUCUUCCCCUUGGGGUCAGUUCCUCACAGUGGUUCUGUACCAAGACUUGCCAAAUUCCUCCAUGGCCAAGUGUUAAAAUCUAUGUUUGAAAAAUAGCGAAUUAACCUAAGACACAGAAGGCAGACUGGGUGAGGAGACCCAGCAUGCCCUAUUGGCAGUGCUCAGGAGCUGCAUCCCACUUUUCCCUGCUCUGAAUCGAAGUCCUAAUUCCUUCCUUUAAUUCUCCUUUGGUAGGUGGAAUCAGUUAAUGUUUUGAGAAACCUGCCUGGGCUCUGCCCUUGGUCAUGACGUCUCGCUGAGCCAGUCCCACUCUGUUCCUUGGAACCUAGAGCUGGAGUGAGGAGUAGAGGUCUCCAGCUAUUCCAGAAAGAAAAGUGAGCCACAUGCAGGCUGAUGAACGCUGACACUUCCAGAAUGUAUGGAAAUAGUCCCUGUCCUGGCCUGCCACUGACCCUGUCUGUAUUUUCUCGGAGGUUGUUUUUCUCCUUCUCCUUCCCAGGAAGGUCUUUGUAUGUCGAAUCCAAUGCACUCAAGUUUGGCCAAGGGACGCCACAGCACCCAGAAGGCUGCAUGCCUCAAGGUUUAUGUCACUCCUCUGCUGGGCUGUUCAUUGUCAUUGCUGUGUUCUGGGACCUUUGGAAAUAAAACCUGUUCUGUCCCAAAUAAAACCAGCCUGUGAUGUUCAAGGGACUGGAAUAAAGUGGCUUACGACCUGAAGGAUUCUACAGAGUGCUCGACCGUUCAUACAUCGUUCAGAGUGGGAGGGGGGCUGGGGGUGCUGUCCCAUCCCAUCGGUAUGCCCACAGUGGAUUUAAUAAUGUAUAAUUUAUAGAUUAUAGCCUAUGGAGUGGCCCGUAUAUCAGUUGACUGUGUAGCUCUCGCCUGGCAUUAAAGCAUAUUUUUGGUUUAA